UCUCCUCCAAAAACAUUUAACUCUUUCGAUAGUGUUCGCUUUUGCACGAUAUUCGUUAAAAAAAAAAAAAAAUUUUGGUUCGUUGGGUUUUCUUUGCGUGAUUUAGUGAAAAACUUUUUUGAUUUUUCUCACGUACGCCCAAUUUAAUCUCUCAAAAAAAUGACCACAAAAUUUCCAUCGAUACCCAAAUGGUUUUCCAACAAAAGUAUCCUUGUCACUGGAGGUACAGGAUUCAUGGGGAAGGUUCUAAUUUCUAAACUACUACUUAGCUGUCCUGACAUUGGCAAUAUAUUUUUAUUAAUCAGAAGAAAGAAAGGCGUUGAUUCGCAAGCAAGAUUGCAUCUCAUCUUGCAGCAAGAGCCAUUUAGGAUCCUCAGAGAACAGUAUCCAGAACGGCUAAAGAAAUUGAUAGUGAUAGCAGGUGAAUUGACCGUGGAGGGACUCUCUCUAUCUGUCGCGGACAAGGAAUGUCUCACCAGUCGAGUUUCCGUUGUCUUUCACAUGGCUGCUAAUGUGAAAUUUGACUUGUCGUUGAAAAAUGCAGUCAAGACCAACACUAUGGGUACUGUAAACAUCGUGACGCUAGCAAAACAGAUGUCUCUACUCGAAUCGUUUAUAUACAUUUCGACGUCUUUUUGUCAAUGUGGCGAAUCAAUAUUAGAAGAACAUGCUUAUCAAACUAACGUAUCAGCAGAAGUUGUUAUUCACAUGAUUGAUACGAUGACGGAUCAAACGCUAGAAGCAAUCAAACCACAACUUUUGGGUGAUCAACCUAAUACGUAUGCUUACAGUAAGGCACUUAGCGAAGAUUUUGUGUCGAGAUGUGGACUGCCCGUAGGAGUUAUUCGUCCGUCGAUAGUGACGGCAUCUUGGAAGGAACCAGUAUCCGGUUGGGUGGACAAUAUGAACGGCCCAACUGGAUUAAUAAUAGGUGCGGGUAAAGGGGUCAUACGAUCAAUGCUCUGUAACGCAAAUUAUUUAACCGAUAUAAUACCUUGCGAUAUGGCCAUAAACGUAAUGAUCGCACUAGCUUGGCAAGUCGGAACGGAAAAAUCUAUUAAGCCGAUAUUCUUAAAUGCCACAGCUAACCAGGAAAAUCCAAUUUCUUGGGGCGACGCUUUAGAAAUAGGAAAAAAACACGUCCUCGCAAACCCAUUCUCACAACCACUCUGGUAUCCCGGUGGAAGAUUAACUUCCUCGAAAAUUCUACACUGGUUUGCCGUUCUAUGGCUGCACACUAUACCCGCAUAUCUAUUAGAUAUUUUAUUUAUCAUUACCGGAAACAAGCCUUUCAUGGUACGAAUACAAAAUAAAGUAAACAUUGGAUUAGAACUGCUUCAGUAUUACACCAUGAAACAAUGGAUUUUUCGUAACGACAAUUUGCGCGAUUUGCAUCAUCGAUUGUGUUCCUCGGACAAAGAAACAUUUUUCAUGGAUACGAAGCUCAUCUCUUGGAAUGAAUAUUUGUUGACAUACAUAUUAGGCACAAGACAAUAUUAUUUAAAAGACGAUCCUUCGACGCUACCGCGUGCGAGACGGGUCUUCAUGUAUCUAUAUUUUGCCGACUAUUUGCUCAAAGUAACGCUUGCAGUUUUCGUUUCUUGGAUAAUGUACACCUGGAUAAUUUCUGCUAAGCCUAUUGUAGCGACGCUAGUCGAGACAAAUGACUGAAUAUAUAAAAUAUUAAACUUAUUUAAAUUGACUAACUGUAUAGUUGUUACAACUGUUUACGAACUAAAUAAAAAUUAGAAUGAAAAAACGAUUGUAAUGAUUUCUAAAAUAAAGUAAAAAUUUUACUGUACACAAAAAAAAAUUUAUUGAUUUAAAUCACAGUUUUGAUUUUCAUUAUAGUGACAAUCGUGAAUAACUUUACGUCCUUUGUACCUCAAAACAAAAAUUUAUAUUUAUAUACACUAUUUUUCUUAUUUUAGGCUCAUUAUACGAUUCUGUGAAACUUAAAAAUUGUAACACGAUUUUGUAUAUAUAUUUUUUAUCUUGUUGUAUUUUAGAAUGUAUGCACUUAUAAUUGUCCUACAAUUGUAAACAAUUGUAAUGUAGUUAUAUAGAAAGAAAGUCAAAUGAUAAUUGGAUAUUUUGGAUAUUUUGGAUAUUUUGAGAUUUUCGCCGAAUAGAUAUAGAAUGUCAUAUGUUAUAUAUAAAAGUGAAAACUAUUACAAGUCGUAGAGAGGAAAUAUUUUAUUUUCAAUUCUUGAUACUAUUGUAAAAUGUUAUUUUUUAUUUCCUUUAUCAUAAUUUGGUUACAAGAAUGUCACUUUUGAAACUUCUUCCUGCAUAACUACGUUCGAUCUUAUCUUGUGCUGUAUUACAUAAGAGACAAUGCCAUUUUAUAAUAUUUCAUCAAUGAAGAAACGUGCCAAUAUUUGAAAACUUUAUUAUACUUUUUAUGCAUUAUUAUAUAUAAGAGUAUGAUAAACAUUAUAAUAACUACAAAUAUUAAAAACUCAUAAACUUUGA